AUGGAUAGAUCAGAUUCAGAAGAAUUAAUACCACUUAGAUCUGGAUAUAGUCUCUCUAAAUCUCGACGAGACAUACGAUCUCCGAAGCAACAAAAGUUGGCGGAAUACUUUGUCCUUGUGAGUACCCUUCUUGAGCGUGCUGCAUUUUAUGCACUAGCAACAAAUCUUGUCGUUCAUCUCGAUUCAAGUGCAUUGCUUGAUUGGUCAUCACAAAAUAGUUCUGUUGCUGCAUUCAUUUUUUUCGGUAUAACGAAUAUUUCAACAAUAGCAUCUGCUAUAAUCAGUGAUGCUAAAUCGGGUAGAGCUAAAACAAUCGUCUUUGGUUUUGUGCUGUAUAUAAUCGGCUAUAUUUUGGCUAUCUUAGUAACAGCUCCAGAUGUACACAUGUGUAUAGCGAGGGCAUCUAAUAAAACUAACGAUCUGUAUUCAGUUACAUUGAUAAAAGAACCAUGUGCUGAAUGGAUUCUCACAAUACUGGUUAUUAUUGGAGUUGGAGCUGGAUCUAUUCAAUCAAAUAUGGCUGUAUUUGGAGCAGAACAAAUUCCAGAUUCAAGACCAACAUCACGUUAUUUUGACAAAUAUAUGAUAGCAAUAAAUAUUGGUGGUAUUGUUGGAACACUUACCACUUCUCUAAUUAAAUUGGAUCCAAAAUCUUAUUUUCAUGGAUAUGUUAUUGCAGCAGUAUAUCUUGUUGUUGCUUUCUUAUUGUUCAUUAUUGGUAAUCAAUAUUAUAUAAAGACAGAACCGUAUGAUACAGUAGUCGUACACUGUAUUCCCGUUACUAUAACUGCUUGCCGAUUAAAAUGUCAAUCUCAUAAUGAAGAUAAUACAAUACAAUCAGAUGACCGACCAUCCAGAUUCUUUGAUUUAUCAUCUGCAGCUACCAGUGGAAAAUUUAGUGAACGUAUGGUGAGAGAUGUGAUAUCACUUCGUCGUGCAUUUUUUGUAUUUGUUCUUCUCAUUCCAUACUUCUUAAUCUACCAUCAAUUGAAUGCAACAUUUCCUCUGCAAGGUGAACAUAUGCAUCGACCAUCAGAUGUAAAAAAUAUUGCUACAUUAAUGUCACUAGGUGAUCCAAUAAUAAUUGUCAGCAGUGACGAAUCAAGCAUGUCUGUAUAUAUUUUAUCAAUACAAAGUAUAUGUAUGGGCGUUUCAGAAGUAUUUGCCAUGGUAGCAAGCUAUGAGUUUGCUUAUUUUGCUGCUCCCCAAUCAGCUCAAUCAUUAUUUAUGAGCCUUCGUUUUGCUUCAAUCGGUGUAUCUUCAUUUAUUGGCAGUGGAUUUAUGGCCUGGUUUCCAACAACUUCAUUUAAUAUAGAUUUUAGCUGUCGAAUGGGAGAUAUUGCGAAUUGGCCUUUUUAUACAUAUUUUUAUAUUUUGGCUGGUGUUCAAUUUAUUUUUAUGAUGAUUUUUAUCCUAUGUCAUAAAAAAUUUAAUAUCAUCCGAAUGGAUUCAUCACUAACAGACUAA